GUACAACUGUGGUAACAAUAACUUUAGAUUUUUUAGUAAUGUCCACACUAUAUGAAUCUUAUUUAUAUUAUGAAUUCAGGAAUUCCCGAUUUUUCAAGUGUCUAUUUAUAAGUUGCAUUGGCUUUGAAGUGGAAAGUGGAAACAUGAAACAAUUUAGUUUCAAGGUCGAAAGUUUGCAAUUGUGUGUGGAGGAAUUGUUAAAAUAUUACAUUACUUAAUGAGUCAAUGCACAAAGUGGAACAUUUCAAACUGUGAAUCAUGAGCUCUAAAAAGAGAAGUUUAGACUUGUACCUCGGGGAAGUGUUCAAGCAGUUCAUCUCAAUCAAAGAUGAUGAUUUCAAGAAGUCACAGAAUGUAUUCAAAACGGUCUUCGAUCAGGUCAAACAAAAGAUGGGCGAACAGUGUAAUUAUUUUAAGAAAUACAGCAGUCAGGUCAUGUACGGAGGAAGUGUCUCCGAUAACAUUAAAGUGGGCAAGAUGGAUGAAUUCGACAUGGAUAUCGUAAUUCGGCUACCAAUCAGUUAUUCGGACAUCAUCAUUGAGAAUGAAGAGCCAGGGUUUGUUAAGCUGAAGAUCACGAGUGCUUUUGAUAACUUAGACAAGCAGCCUGACUGGGAGAAGACACAUAAAGUGACGCGAGAGUGGCGGGAUUCAGACAAGUACUUACUACAGAAAAGAUUUCGUCAAUGGAUGCACAAGAUUGUGCAGAAAGCCCUUAAUGCUAUGGAGGGAAAGGUGACAGUGGACGGUGACGUAUACUUGCUGACGUAUAAAGAAUCAGGACCGGCUUACACGCUUAACAUCAGAAACGACGAGGGUACUGAAAAGUAUGCUCUGGAUGUAGACUUGGUACCUGUUAUUAAGUUCAUGUAUCCUCGCGCACCCGAAGGUUACAGAGUAAUCGAAGGACUUCAAGCAAAGGACUGGUUAGUCGUUCCCAAGCCUAACAAGGCUUUAAGUGACAGCACCCUAAAGAACCGUUGCUGGCGCCUCUCCUUCCAAGAACAGGAGAGGGAAAUUAUCAAAGACUGUAAAGCGUUGAAGAAAACUAUUAGACUGGUGAAGAAAUUACGAGAUGCGCUCGAGUUGAAAGCUAUCGCUAGCUAUUACAUCAAGUCACUCUUCCUAAAGAAAGUGUACGAAACGCAAGACAAGGUUUACUGGCAGAACAAAGUCAGUCUGCUAUUCCGAACGAUGGUAGAGGAGUUGUACCUCUCUAUCCAGAAGAAAGAAAUUCCCUUCUUUUGGAACUGCAACCACAACUUGAUUGCUGGACUGAAGGAAAGCUUGCAGAAGAUUUACUGCCACAAACUAAAGAAUGUAAUUGUAGCUAUUGACGCGAAUGAUAUCGAAAAGGUUGUCGGAGCAUUGUUGACUGCAGAGGAAAUGAGAGAGUUUAAAAAGUCUGAGUUUUAUUUGAAACACGGGGAACUGGAGCCACUAACGACGAGUACUUCUGCCUCUUCUCUUGAUUCGUGUCCCCCAGACAGUGCCUUGUCCAGCCAAUUGAGAGCACUGACGGACGAACUCGACUCACUGCGUUAUAAUAACGCAAGUGACCAGAAGAUUGAAGAGCUAGAAGGUAAAAUGAAGAGGCUAGGAGACAGAGUUAGUUUAUUAGAACGUAGAAUGAACAGGAUUGAAAUGGCUCUAAGUCAGUCACAAUUGUCACGUAGUUCAGUUGGAUAAUCUGAUCUAGAUCCAGAUCAAUUAAAUUGAAAUUUAAUAAGUAUUUUAUUAUGAUGCUUGGCUGAACUUAUGAGUUUGAGAUUUUCUCAAGCAAUUUUACACUAUUAAGCUGUAGCUGAUAAAAACAUUAAAAUUUAAUAAUCAUUUACAUCGCGACAUUUCCCACCAAUUUUGUAAAUGCGAUUUACUUAUAUUUUUGUUAUAAACAAACCUCAAAAUAGAUUUAGGUAAAUAUUUGUUCCGUUGUCGAACAUUUAUUUUAUAUACAACUGUGUACACAUGGGCAUAUUGCCAAUUAUGCAGUUGCAUCUAGAUGUACCUAACAUUAACAAUUAAGAAAUGAAAGAUGAAAACGUAACCUUAGAAUAUAGAGCUCCUAAGCGUCUUAAGGGUAUCGAAUAGUUUCCUAAGUCAAAACAAUAAAAUUAUUUAAAGAAUUAUUUUUUUAUACAAUUG